AUGAGUAAUAUCACUCAAGCUUCAAUCCUUAAUUCUCAAGAUAAUGAUGUGAAUGAGGAACAUAAUAUAGAAGAUCAAAAUUCUAAUUUAUCUUAUGAGAGCUCAUUAAUACCAGUGAAAUCAAAUAAAAAAAAUGAUGAUACUGAUAACAGCAGCACUCAUUUUAUCGAAACUAAUGAUGCUUCUCAAGGAAAAUAUAUCGAAAAUGUUACCAAUGAUUCCACUCAACAAAACAAUGAUAAUGCAGUGUUAUUGAAAUACAAGGAGGCGUGUUCAGUAGGGGACCUAAAAACAGUUCAAGAAUUGAUUGAAUCAGGAAUAAUUGAAAUCAAUCAUGACUACGAUAAUAUUGAUGGUAUAUCUGGUUUACAUUUAGCUAGUGUAAACAAUAGAUUAUCAGUCGUAAAAUAUUUGGUAACUAAAAAAGCAGAUGUUAAUUAUAAGUGUUUGAAUACACUAUCUACUCCUUUACAUUGGGCUGCGAGGUACGGUUAUGUUUAUAUUGUGGAUUACUUAUUAAAAGUUGGAGGUGCCGACUAUACUCUUGUUGACAGCCAAGGUUUCAAUCUAUUACAUUUAUCUGUACAUUCUUCUAAUAUUAUGUUAGUUUACUAUGUUUUGUUCUUUUUAGUGGAUCCAGAAUAUAACCACAACCAUGAUCUGGGUAAGUUGGACAUUAAUGCUGUUGAUAAUAAUGGAAGAACAGCUUUGUUAUGGGCAGCAUACCAAGGAGAUAGACUAAGUGUGGAUGCUUUAUUGAAAUUCAAUGCUAGUACUCAAAUCGUAGAUGAUCAAGGCUUUUCACCAUUACAUUGGGCAACAGCCAAAGGACAGAUAAAGAUUAUUAAUAUAUUGAUCGAAUAUGGAUCAGACGUGGCUUUGCAAACUAAUGAAGGAAAAAAUAUUAUGAUCAUAGCAGAAGAGAUGAAUACAACGAUACAGUUACAACAAGCUCUUUAUGAGUCUGGCUUUGAUGGAAAUUGUUUGCCCCUAAAAAAGUAUUUUUCUAAACCAAAGGGUGCUAAAAUGGUUGUAUUUAUAACACCUACAAUAUUGGUGGGAUGCGUAUUCAAAGCUUUUAGUAUGAUGAACUUUUUUUUAAGUUUAUGUGUAUUUGUUAUUCCUUUAUUAUUAAUAACCAUGAAGCUUUUAAAAAGCUAUGUGCUUCCAUCCUUUUACUUGAAGAAGACAUUUCGUAAAAAGAAAAAUAGUGACCAAAUUAUAGGCUAUUAUUCUUUCCAAUCAAUGGUUUUAAAAACACCAUUUAUGCUAGGUGUUGCCGGUGCGAUUAUUUUUUGGAUAUUAUACUGCCAUUUAUUUAAAAUCAUUCCAUAUUUAAAUAAAAAGGAAGGAUUAUUGUCACAUUUUUUAACUAGCUUUCAAUUUCUACUGUUUACUAUUACCAGUACUGUCUUAUUAGUCAAAUUGGUCUAUUCUGAUCCCGGUAUUAUUCCAUAUGAUGAAGUUAAUCAUGAACAAUCUAGACAAGCCAUUGCAGAAUUGAUGAAAUGUGGGAAAUACGAUUCGAAAAAUUUUUCAUUGGAAACAUGUAUUAGAAAGCCAUUAAGGUGCAAAUAUUCUAGCUUCCAUAAAAAGUUAAUUGCCAGAUUUGAUCAUUAUUGUCCAUGGGUAUAUAAUGAUCUUGGAUUGUUCAACCAUAAAUUGUUUAUAUUUUUCGUUAUCAGUGCAUUACUUACAGGAUUAAGCUUUUAUCGUGUUUGUAUGAUAUAUUUUGAUAACUUACCGGAUGUUGAAGAGGAACUUUGCAGAAAACACAGAAUAAUUUUAUUAGGAGACGAUGAUGAAUUCUGUAAUGGGUUUAUACAUGAUAAAUUUACGUUUAAUAUAUUGGUAUGGAUUUUAUUAAAUUGUAUAUGGGUUUCGAUUUUGUUGUUUACUCAAUUUAUGGAACAGCUGAAAGGUACGACCACUUAUGAAUUUAUUGAAUUGAAAAGAGAAAUGAAGAGACAAGAAGAUAAUGCAACAAAUAGCUAUGUGAACGUGUUUUUUGAAACUGCACCAGAGGAAUUAUUUAAGCCUAGCGGGAAUGGGGAGGAUGAAGAAGAUGACACAGGGUUGUUGCCAGAUAUUGAGCAAAACGGAACGAGUACCAAUGUCCUUACCACAACCAUGAAUGCUAGUACAAGGAAAUUAUGUUUUGGACCAUGUCUAGCAUUAAUUGGAUUAGAUCAGUGUAUUGCGUUAUUAAAAAGAAGAAGAAGUCAUCUCUUAUUGCCUACUAACUAUGGAUGGAAAACAAAUUUGAAAGAUUUUUGGUUGACUACUAAUUUAUCUGCACCAAUUUUCCAAAGAAUCUUUAGUUUGCAUAGUUCUCCGCCACAAAUGGCUUUAUUGAAUGGACAAAUUGUUGAUUAUUUUGAGUUAUAUGAACUACCGAGACAUUUAGAUGAAUAUGAAGUGUGA